CCUUACACACCCAGAGACAGCCAGACUGACUCACGAGAUGUACGAGUGACUGUGGCUGCUGGGUGGACGGGUACAAUAUGGCUGAUAAGCGAAAUAACGGCCUAUAACCGGAAGCCGAAAAGCUGGCCAAUAACCGAGUUGGCAGGUUUUUAUCGGCCAGUCUAAUGUGGAUUUACCAUGAAUUUAGAAUGCCUCCUGCCACCUGGUCAAACUAGUGUCGCCUACAGUAUAGGAUAAUGGAAUGGGACUUGAAGAUAGAUGAGAAGGAUGCCACUGACAUGGAGGAAGGUCUCAAUGUUCAUCUCUAUUCCCAAGAUGAAAGUGAAGAUGAUUUGCAAGUAUCUUUUGAGAGUAAUUUCAGGAGGAAAAAAAAUUUUACCUCCAAGCUUUACUUAACUAAAGAAAAAAAGCAUGAAGGAUAUAAAACCAACUGUGAUGCAGAAGGGAUGCUAAAUCAACCUUCUAUGGGCGGCUCUAGCAGUAAUAUUCCUUUUAAUUAUUUAUCUGCUUUUAAUUCAGUACAACACACCAGGCUACACUUUCAGGAUAAUUUUUCAUAUCCUGCCUUUUGUAACAUUCCUUGUGAAACUUUAAAAGUUUUUCCGGUCAUUAAAAAUGGUGGAUCUUCAAAAAUGUCUGAUUCCAAGGAUGGUAAAUGUGAUGUGGAUACUAAGGUAAAUAUUGAAAAUGUUACAUCCUUGGGACUUCAGCCAACUCCCAAUGAGUUUGAUACUGAAAAUCAGACUUGAAAGAUAUUGAUGAUAAAGAGAAUAACUCUUCUUCUAACUUAAUGAUAGAUGUCAUUGGCAAAAUUAAUACCCAGAACAGUGAUAUGCAGAAAAAAGGUACAGUUGAGUAUAGUAUAAGAGGUGGUCAUCCAGGUACAAGUGAGGUGUGGAAUAAUCAUCAGCACUACACGAAGAAAGAUUCUUCUGAUGCCAGGUCAAUACCUGUGAUGUGUAGAAAUUAUCAAGCAAAGGAAAAUUCUUUUCAUAAAUGUGAACUAAAAAAUAUUUGCCAGUAUGCAUCGCUGGAGAAAUCUUCAGAUAUGAAUGAAAUGGCAAAAUGUACAUCUCCAUCAGAGAUACUGGUUGCGAGCAGGAAAAAGAAAGGGAAGUAUUUAACUAAGGUGCUUAAGAUAAGCAAAAGUUUUAAAAGUUUGGCCUCCAAAUAUGACAGUCCACCAAAGGUAACACCACCUGAAGAAAUUUCUUUGAAUUCUACAUUCACUGGUAAAGAAAAUAGUGAGAGAUGCCUAGAAGAACCAGUUAUCAAUUUAGUACACCUCAAGAGUCACAGGUCACGUGUAUAAGUGAAGAUGCUUCUAGUGGUUAUUUAGAAAGUGGGAGUGUACAGGCAAAAUCCAUAGUAGAACCCAAAUCCUCAGGUGCUCACUGUCAUAUCAGUUAUUCUUAUUUGGGUAAUGAAUCCUUCCAUGGCCAAGAUGUUGAGAGUCUACCAGCAUAUACUGCUAAUGAAAUAAGCACAAACUGGUGGCUCUUUCAUGCUCCAAGUAGUUCAAGUGCAGUGCCACAAGCCCUAAGUGCACACGGCCAAGGGUACAAUUAUGCCGUCAAGUCUGAGUGUGAUGAAAAAGAACUACAGAUGAAGAAGUUUAAACCAGGCUUUAUAGACACACACUGUCAUCUCGACUUCUUAUUUCAGCGCUUGAAUUUCAGUGGCUCUUAUGCAGAAUUUCAGUCAGAUCGAGAAAAUAAAGAUCCAUUUCCUGUCUCUUACGAAGGCUGCGUUGCUAUUUUUUGUAAGCCUUGGACAUUUAAGAAGAUAAACUGGUGGGAGGACAUCAUAUCAACAUCCAAUGUGUGGGCAGCUUUUGGCUGCCAUCCACAUUUUUCUGAGAGUUUCAGUGAUGAGGAAGAAGUAUAUCUUAGACAUGCACUUCAGAAUGAAAAAACUGUGGCUCUUGGUGAAAUUGGUCUAGAUUAUUCAGAGAGAAAAUAUCUGAGUCGUGAAUUACAGCAAGCUGUAUUUCGUAAACAACUGCAGAUAGCCUUGGAAUAUAAAAAGCCAAUUGUAAUUCAUUGCCGUGACGCUCACAGGGAUUGCAUCGAAAUUUUAAAAGAGGUGUAAUACUAUAUUCUUUAU